GUUCCGGAGAAUCAACAUGACGCUGCAGGCCAGGGUUUUCUUUGCUCUGGGGUCGCGGCUGCCCUGUGGCCUCGCUCCUCGGCGGUCUGAAAAAUGAGUAAAGGUGGAAGCCAAAGUAUCACUUUUAUUGUGGUUUGUGAGAGGCAGCUGGGCCCAUCAGCUGCAUCUCCCGAAGUAGGCAGACUUACAUAACUCUGGAGGAAGGCGGAAUAUUGCCCUUUGAAAGCAGCUGGCUCCCAAGAGGGAGACCAAGGAGGACUGUUCAUACCCAACGAUCCUGUCAAAAUUUACCGGUCAUAUCAACUGUCCUCUGCAGGGACAGAUUGUACCUCAGUUUGUGUUGUUAUAAAGGAACACCUGAGGCUGGGUAAUUUAUAAAGAAAAAGGUUUGUUUGGCUCAUGAUUCUGAUGCCUGGACAAGUUCAAGACUGAGCAUCUGCAUCUGGUGAUGGCCUAAGGCUGCUUGCACUUGUGGCAGAAGGAUGAGGAUGGUACUAUGACAUUCGUGAUGGAUCUGCCCCCAUAACCGAGGCACCUCCUAUUAGUCCCCACCUCCAACAUUGGGGAUCACAUUUCAACAUGAGGUUUCAAGGGACAAGCAUCCAAACGUCCCUAGCAGGUUGACUGGAGUUGUACUACCUGAGCUUCUCUCAGUAGGGAGAUGUCAGGACUGGGGAAGAAGCAUCUCCUGCUCGUGGGGGAAUUUUUCAGUUAUGGGACAAAAAUAUUAUAUCAAAACACUGAAGCUUUGCAGUCUAAAUUCUUUCCACCCCUUCAAAAAGCGAUGCUACCACCUAAUAGUUUUCAAGGAAAAGUGGCAUUCAUUACUGGGGGAGGUACUGGCCUUGGUAAAGGAAUGACGGCUCUUCUGUCCAGCCUAGGUGCUCAGUGCGUGAUAGCCAGCCGGAAGAUGGAUGUUUUGAAAGCUACCGCAGAACAAAUUUCUUCUCAAACUGGAAAUAAGGUUCAUGCAAUUCAGUGUGAUGUGAGGGAUCCUGAUAUGGUUCAAAACACUGUGUCAGAACUGAUCAAAGUUGCAGGACAUCCUAAUAUUGUGAUAAACAAUGCAGCAGGGAAUUUUAUUUCUCCUACUGAAAGACUUUCUCCUAAUGCUUGGAAAACCAUAACUGACAUAGUUCUAAAUGGCACAGCCUUUGUGACACUAGAAAUUGGAAAACAACUAAUUAAAGCACAGAAAGGAGCAGCAUUUCUUGCUAUUACCACUAUCUAUGCUGAGACUGGUUCAGGUUUUGUAGUACCAAGUGCUUCUGCCAAAGCAGGUGUGGAAGCCAUGAGCAAGUCUCUUGCAGCUGAAUGGGGUAAAUAUGGAAUGCGAUUCAAUGUGAUUCAACCAGGGCCUAUAAAAACCAAAGGUGCCUUUAGCCGUCUGGACCCAGCUGGAACAUUUGAGAAAGAAAUGAUUGACAGAAUUCCCUGUGGUCGCCUGGGGACUAUAGAAGAACUCGCAAAUCUUGCUGCUUUCCUUUGUAGUGAUUAUGCUUCUUGGAUUAAUGGAGCGGUCGUUAAAUUUGAUGGUGGAGAGGAAGUACUUAUUUCAGGAGAAUUCAAUAACCUGAGAAAGGUCACCAAGGAGCAGUGGGACACCAUAGAAGGACUCAUCAGGAAGACAAAAGGUUCCUAAGACCACUUUGGCCUUCAUCUUGGUUACAAAAAAGGGAAUAGAAAUGAAACAAAUGAUCUCUCAUCUUUUGACUAUUUCAAGUCUAAUAAAUUGUUAAUUAACAAA